AAGAAGAAAAAAAGAGGAGAAACGAAUGAUGAAGGGAGAAACAGAGGUUCAGCUGUAGAUCAGCAGCAGCAGAAUCAAUAUGGAACAUUCCAAGGAAUGGCUAACUACCCUCCACGCCCUCCACGGCCGAACCAGCACCAUCAGCAGCACCGUGGGCAAAUGGGGUUUCCUCAGCUUUCUCCACCUACCUCUACCCCUCCUCAGUAUUACCCCCGAGGCUAUCAGACCGUGCCGGGAUACGUUGUCGAUGGAGGAGGACCCGAAAAUAGCCUACCACGCUGUGGCCUUGGUGUUGGAUGGUUCCUGUUUAUCAUUGGUUUCUUCCUUGGGGCCAUUCCCUGGUACAUUGGAGUCGUUAUUUUAGCUUGUUCACCGAUAGACUACCGAGAGAAACCCCAGAUAUGUUGCUUGCUCAAUUGGCAUAUCUUUUUUUUUCCAGUAUUUUUAUUUUAUUUUUCCAGUUUUAUGAAAGUCAUCUUGCAUUGAACUGAUUCUCAACUUAGCCACUUUUAUAUGCUUCUCAUGUAUUGGUACCAUGCUUUACCUUCAACGCCAAUAUAUUAUCUUGUACCGACUGUUUUCUCAUAUAGGCUAUAAUUUAUCACUAUAGGUCACAUAUAAGUU